AUGCUUCCUUGCGCCGCCCUUUCCCCGCUCGCCGCUGCGCCUGCCGCCGCCUUCCCCGCAAUCAUCCGCGCCGGCGCUCUCCGCGCCGACAGCCGCCACGGGGGCAGCGCAAACGACGUAGGUUGCGGAGGAUCGUCGGCUUUCCUCUUGAACCACUCGCCGCUUGCGCGUGGAUUGCGCGGAUGGGACCAUCGGCGGAAGCAGAGCCUGGGGAGGCGCUCGGAGUGGGUGCAGGUGCGCGCGCAGGGUUCGUCCGGGAACGAGGGGGAGAUCAGCGACGAGGAGUAUUUUGCUGACGUGGAAAAGCAACUGAUGGACUAUUUCACGUUCAAGGCAGUGAAGACGGUGCUGCAGCAGCUGCUGGAGAUGAACCCCAGCCAGUACAGCUUCCUCUACGACUUCACUGUGAACAACCGGAUUGUUGACGGGUCUACCUACAUUCGCACGCUCGUGCAGGAGCGGCAGGAGUUAGGGGAGCGAAUCAUGAUCACACGGCUAGACCUCUUCACUCGGUGGAAGAAGCGCUACUCCCACUCGAGCAUGCAUGAUGCGAUCAAGGAGCAGAACCUGGCGCUCCUGAGGGAGCACCUGCUGCAGACAGCAAGAUUCCGCGCGUCCGCAGCCCGUUCCCGCAUUUCCAGUCCCCGCUUUCACCACUCUUCCCCGCUAGUCGCGCUAUCUCCCCUCAAAAGCGCCUCCUCCGCGCGAUUCUCUCCUCUGAACGCUCGACUGCUCCGGACGCCGCCGCACGGGGCGACUGCGGCUUCUCGCGGGGGAAGCGCGCGCGCCAGGGGGAAGGGGGACGGGGAUGCGGACCCGCGCGAGCGCGCGGAGCCGGUGGAGGCGGAAAUUGUGGGGGAAGAUGAGUGGGACCAGUGGCGGGGACGGGGGAGGGCGGGCGGAAGCGGAAUGCGCGGAGCGCAGGGGGGUUUUAGUGCGGAAGAGCGGGAGAUGCUGCGCAGAUUGGGCGCGGAGGAGCUCCCCCCCGGGUGGGAUUCCGCCGACGUGUAUCUGCUCGAGGAGAACGUGUGGGCUAGCAAACCCUUCUGGUGCCAGCCGUGGACGAUAGUGCUGACGGGAGCGGUGGUGGUGGGCAUGUCAUGGGUGGUGCUGCAUUUCAUCUUCGUCACGCUCCUCGUCGCGGCUGCCAUCGGUGUCUGGUGGCUCACUUUCCUCGUUGCAUACCCGGCUGCUUACAAGGAAAUGGUGCAAGAGGAGAGGAGGAGGAGGGGAAUGUAA